UGCUUCCAUAUUUUUCAAUCACAUAACUACAAUUCCAUAAUCUUCUUUCUUUUCCUUCAAAAACUCUUUGAUAAUUUUAACUUCAUAACAUCACUAUGAGUCACUUUAACAAUCAGCAACAAACCCCAGUAUCAUAUCCACCACAGGCUUAUUCUUCAGCUCCAUAUGUAACUGCCCCACCACCUAUGGGUUAUCCUUCCAAGGAUGGCUCUCAAGGGUACCCUCAACAAAAGAUUUCAGACCAAACUACUAGCAGGGGUGAUGGUUUCUGGAAGGGAUGUUGUGCUGCUAUAUGUUGCUGCUGUGCCCUUGAUAUAUGCUUUUAAGUUAUGAUUGGAUUAUUUUAUACCAUAGAUUAUUGUUACCACAGUUUUUUUAUCCCAGUUGUUUCCUAUUGUAUUCUUUGUAGUUUGUAGAUGAAUCAGGAUCUCUUUGGACAUUAUGUAUUUAUUUUUUCUAUUUGAUGGAUGUUAUUUGUUUCCCUUGUAUACGUUAUGAUACAUACAUAUAUUUGGUCAUA